AUGCGCCAAGAUGCCUGCAAAUGCGCCAAGGUUCAACUGGAUCUCUUUUCUGUCCCGCCUGUGGUCACCUCACUACAAGAAGGCCAGAUUGAUCACUGUGACAGAUCCUCUUGCGUUAAUGGAGGCACGUGCUUGUCGAGUGCCACCGGCUUCAGCUGUGCCUGUCCUGCUGGCUACACGGGUCUGACCUGUGAAGUCGAGAUUGAUCACUGUGACAGAUCCUCUUGCGUUAAUGGAGGCAUGUGCUUGUCGAGUGCCACCGGGUUCAGCUGUGCCUGUCCUGCUGGCUACACGGGUCUGACCUGUGAAGUCGAGAUUGAUCACUGUGACAGAUCCUCUUGCGUUAAUGGAGGCACAUGCUUGUCGAGUGCCACCGGGUUCAGCUGUGCCUGUCCUGCUGGCUACACGGGUCUGACCUGUGAAGUCGAGAUUGAUCACUGUGACAGAUCCUCUUGCGUUAAUGGAGGCACGUGCUUGUCGAGUGCCACCGGGUUCAGCUGUGCCUGUCCUGCUGGCUACACGGGUCUGACCUGUGAAGCCUGCAGUGGACGGAAGCUAGACAUCCUCAUCAUGGAUGAUAUGUCCCUCUCCAUCGGCCAAACCAACUUUGACGAAAUGAAAAGAUUUCAAGAGAGGAUGCUAAGUCACACCGUCAUAAACAGUGGUGCCGAUAACGUUGCACUAUUGGUGUUUGCUGCAAAAGCUACAGUGGUGUUGCCAUUGAAUCAUGACAAAAGCAAGGCGGGAGUUAUGAGAGCUCUCAGGGAGCAGGUGUACGAAGAAGGUCCUUCUACAAGCAUUGGCGAUGCCAUCAGUCUGGCUACAGCUGAAGUUUUCAAACCACAAAAUGGCGACCGCGCGGAUGCUGACAACAUCGUCUUCAUGUUUACUGAUGGGUUGGUCACAGAUGGGGAUCGGGUGGCCAUACUUGCUAACAGUGUUACUCUGAAGGUUGUAGCUGAAGUAUAUGUCGUUGUCACCUCGGAGGUAACUGACACUUCCACACUCAACGCGAUUGCUUCGAAACCCUCCAACAUCUUCCAACUUGGCUCCCCCACUGCUGUCAGUGCCAUUCAACGAAUCAUGAUGCCUUGUUCCAAUCAUUAA